UGUGUGUCAAAACAGUUUAGCGAAUUUGUUUGACAUUUCAAUUCGAGUAGUAAACAGAAAUAUACCUAUGAGUUUUUAACAAAUUAUGGAACGCAUUCUUUCUGGUAUAGCGAAAAUAAAUUUUCAACAAAAUUGUGAAGAUAUUUUGGUUGAAAGUCGUUUGGGUAACAUGGCCGAUCAAUUGCAAGAGAUGUCCAGAACCGUAGAUACAAACGAUGAGUGUAAGAAGAACGAUAAUACCGCAGAGAGUGAUAUAGAAUCCGAUUUGAAUAGUUCCGGCGAAACCAAUUUAUUUGGUGAUGAUGAUGCAGAUAGCAGCAGCAGCACCAGCAAAGCCGGUGGCAGUUUCUCACAGCGUCGCAAUUUACCGCGUCGUGCUUGUAAAGAAAAUAGUUUAAAACUAAAACGGCGUUCGAUUGCGAAACCAAAACGCCACAGCUCCUCAAUGACAUGUGAUUUCUCUAUGCUCCGUCCAGCUGAUAUACGUAAAAUUUACUGCAAUAAAAAACUGAAAAAUUUCCGACCUACUUGCUUGGAGACAAUCUUUGAAGAUCCACAGCCUGAGCCGCGCCGCGGCAAUGAUGCGGUUGCAGCCUGCAAUAGUGCAUUACGUUUAAUUGGUUUGCGUAAAAUACGACGUUCGCUAUCCUGUUCAGAUGGUUUGAAUACCAAUAAAGCUUUAAUAAAACAGAGACGUGCUAAAAUAAAAAAAGCAUUUGGUCGACGAAGUGCUUGCAAAAAGAUAUCAUUACAUGAUUUCAUCGAUCGUUUGAAUAAAAGUUUCGGCGACGAAGCCGACGUUGAAGAUGCCGAUCUGGAGACUGACGACAAUAAUCCACAGGAUGUGUCAAUGGAGGCAGAAAUGUGCGCUGUACCGACAGAUUCUUCGCUGUCUGCAGAAAAGACACCAAUAAAGACUGAUUUCGCAAUGCAAUUAGAAACGGAUUUGGUUGAUACAAAUGAAUAUAGCAAUACAAAGGUGGAGAGAGAGUCGUUAUAUCUUAUGUCAAAUAAUUGUGGAACUCUGUCAUAUUCUUCAGAUACAACAGAUACUAGUUUGAGUACUGCAUAAUAGAAGCAUAAUUAUUUAGAAGUUAUACAUUAGUUAGAUAUUAGUUAUAUUAUACUACAUUUUGAGAGUACCAAGUUAUAUUGUGAGUGUUAUUGAAAUUCACUGCCAAUUUUGGUUUUUGUUUGAACUACAUGUUUCAUAUCCUUAAUAUUUUAGUUUUUGUGAAAUUUUUAUUCAGAAAUCUAUACGCAUUCAUAAUUAAUUGAAAUUCAUUAAUUUUUCACCACUUUUCAUCUUUUAAGAUUUAAGAUAUUGAUUGUACGUAUUAUUUGUGUGUGUUUGCAUAAUAAUAUUGAUAAUGAAUGUUUUAAUUUGUGUCUUAUUACAUUAUAUCUAUUCGUGCAAGAACAUACGAUUUUACAUAUAAACGGCAACAACUACUAGCAUUAAGACAGUUCAUAACGUAAUUUCUUCUAAGCUAUUUUAUAUAAACAGUUUCGAUUUCAUGGAGAAUAUUGUAAGUGUAUUUUACAAAAAUAUCAUAAUUUAAAUGAAUUCAU